UGACUUCCUCCUUUCUCCCCUACCAAGCGACAAGACAGGAGGAGGAAAGAUCUGCACAGUGCAGAUCUCCCAAUGACUGGCUGCUGCUGCCAGCCAAGCUAGAGAGCUUGAGGACCACGAGCCGCACUUCAGUCCCAGCAGAGGAGCCGAAGAGAGGGCUUGAUGCGAGGCUGUCACAGGGCUGCCUUUUGUCUUGCAGAAAAUGACACGUGACUGCUGCUUCUGGCUUCCAGCAGUGACAUGGGUGCUGCUGCUGGUGACAAUGGCCUUCACCAUGGAGUGCCCCAAGAUCAAGGUGGGGACGUGCAAGGACUGCAUCCAGUCUGGCCCUGGCUGUGCCUGGUGCAAGAAGCCGAAUUUCACCAAAGCUGGUGAGCCGGACUCCAUCCGCUGCGACACCAAAGAGCAACUGCAGCAGAAGGGAUGCCCACAGAGCGAGAUUGAGUUUCCAGGCAGUGAAGUUAGAAGGACACAGGACAGUGCAUUGAGCAAUGAUAUACAGCUGACUCCCCAGGAGGUGCACCUGAAGCUGAGGAUAGGGCAGCCCGCUACAUUUGACGUGAAGUUUCGCCGUGCCAUGGGGUACCCCAUUGACCUCUACUACCUCAUGGACCUCUCCUACUCUAUGCUGGAUGAUUUAGAGAAGGUGAAGAAGCUGGGAGGGGAACUGCUCAGAGCACUGGAGAGUACCACACCCUCUCGACGCAUAGGUUUUGGCUCCUUCGUGGACAAGACAGUUCUGCCCUUCGUCAACACACACCCUGAGAAGCUGAAGAACCCUUGCCCCAACAAGGACAAGCAGUGCCAGCCUCCCUUCGCCUUCAAGCACAUCCUCUCACUGACCGACAAUGCUAAGAAGUUUGAGAGCGAAGUGGGGAAGCAGUUCAUCUCGGGGAACCUGGAUGCCCCAGAAGGGGGGCUGGAUGCCAUGAUGCAGGCAGCAGUGUGUGGGGACUUGAUUGGCUGGCGCAAUGUGACCCGCUUGCUGGUGUACGCUACCGACGACGGCUUCCACUUCGCUGGUGAUGGCAAGCUCGGGGGCAUUCUGACCCCCAACGACGGCAAGUGCCACUUGGAGGACAACAUGUAUAAAAAGAGCAAUGAGUUUGACUACCCCUCUGUUGGUCAGCUGGUCCAGAAACUUGCCGAGAACAACAUCCAGCCCAUUUUUGCUGUCACCAGUAAGAUGGUAGACGUUUACAAAAAACUCAGCGAAAUGAUCCCAAAGUCAGCAGUGGGGGAGCUGAAUGAGGACUCCAGCAACAUAAUUGAACUCAUUCAGGUGGCCUACAAUAACCUCUCCUCACGGAUCAUCCUGGACCACUCCACCCUGCCAGAAGUCCUGGAUGUCAAAUAUGACUCCUUUUGCAAUGCAAAGAAAGUAGUCUCAGAUGAAGCAAGAGGGCAGUGUGACAACGUAAAGAUCAAUGACGAGGUGACCUUCAGAGUGAAGGUCACGGCAAAGGAGUGUAUCCAAAGCCAGUCCUUCACCAUCCGGCCACUGGGCUUCACAGACACGCUCACCGUCCACCUAGACAGCAACUGUGACUGCAACUGCGAAGAGCAGCCUGACCAAACCGCCUGCAAUGGAAAAGGCAAUGUCGUCUGUGGGAUUUGCAGCUGCAAUUCAGGCUACACGGGGAAGAACUGCGAGUGUGAAACCAAGGGCAAGACCAGCAAAGAGCUGGAGGGCAGCUGCCGGAAGGACAACAGCUCAGUCAUCUGCUCAGGACUAGGGGACUGCGUGUGCGGGCAGUGUGUCUGCCACACCAGCGACGUGCCCAACAAGCAGAUCUACGGCACCUUCUGCGAGUGCGACAACAUGAACUGCGAGUUCCACAACGGCUCCCUGUGUGGCGGCACCGAGCGCGGGCAGUGCGACUGUGGCAAGUGCAGGUGCACGUCUGAGUACCAGGGCAGUGCCUGCCAGUGCAAGAAGUCGACAGAAGGCUGUUUGAACAUCCGGGGGAACGAGUGCAGCCUCCGCGGCUCCUGCCAGUGCAACCGCUGCCAGUGCCGGGGGGGCUAUCAGCCCCCGUUCUGUGAGGAGUGCCCCGGCUGCCCCUCGCCCUGCAGCAAAUAUGUCUCCUGUGUGGAGUGCAAGGCCUUCCAGAGUGGGCCACUGGAGAAGAACUGCUCGGCGGCCUGCAAGAACAUCCAAUAUGUUGAAGAGCUACAGGCACGGAGCUGGCAGUGCAAGGAGAAGGACUCCAAUAACUGCUGGAUGUCCUUCCGCAUGUCCCAGGAUGACGGAGAGGAGAUGUACACUGUCACUGUUGACCCUAAGAAAGAGUGCCCGGAGCCUCCCAACAUCGGGCUGAUUGUAGGUGGGACCAUCGCCGGUGUGGCUCUCAUCGGCCUGGUGCUCCUGCUGAUCUGGCGGUUCCUGACAGAGCUGUUUGACCGCCGGGAGUACCGCAGGUUCGAGAAGGAGAAGUCAAAGGCCAAGUGGAACGAGGCUGAUAAUCCCCUAUUCAAGAGUGCCACCACGACCAUCGUGAACCCCAGAUUUGAUGGGCAAUGAAGUGGAGCAACACUUGUCAGCACUGGGCCUCACCAU